AUGUGGUCGACAUCCCCAGCUGCUGGUGGUCAUCUUCACCUGCACACCCAGUGCCCAAGUUCUGGCACCACGAAAUGCCGGGCACAUGCAUCCCCAGCCUACCCUUUUUGGUAUAUCAACGCGGCGGGGAACAUCAUCACCGACAUCGUCAUCUUCGUCCUCCCACUACCAGCACUGUGCCGACUAAAUCUCCGCCGGGGCCAAAAGCUCGCCUUACUCGGCGUCUUCUCCCUUGGUUUCUUCACAUGCGCCAUCUCCGUAAUCCGCAUCCAAUACCUCAAACUCAGCGCCGACGUCACCUGGGACAACGUCGGCGCCUCGUGCUGGUCCAUCGGCGAGGUCUGCUCGGGCAUCACCUGCGCCUGCCUGCCCACGCUGCGCCCCUGCUUCGCGCGCUGCCUGCCCGCCCUGCGCACGCAGCGCGGCGGUGGUGAGAGUAGUAGUGGUGGUGGUGGCGGGGGGCAGAAUAAGAAUUAUUAUCGGCAUCCGUCGUUGGCGGUGGCGGGGCGCGAUGGUGGAGAUGGGAGUGGGGAUGGGAUUGGUGGCCGUGUGAGGGUGGGUGGUGGUGGUGGGGAUUUGGAGAGUGCGAGUGCGAGGGGGAUUCUGAUGGGGCCGGAUGAUUUAGAGUUGCUGGCGAGUGAGGAAAGGUCGGAUGACCGUUCUGGUAAGGGGAUGCGCGUGACGGUGGACCGGGUUGACUCUGUUGAGGAUUCUGGGACGGGGUAUUAUCAUGGGCAGUGGCCGUGGGAGAGGGCGGCUGGCAGGUCCAGACUGUCCGGGCUCUCUAGGGUAGGCCUUGAGCCGUCGGUGCAUACUGAGGUUGGCGCUGGGGUGUCGAGGCCUGAGGAGGCGGGACCGUUGACGGAUAAGGGCAUAAAAGUUAGGAGGGAUGUCAUCUUGAGUCCUGGUCCAAGUUGA